AUGGCCACCUACAAUGUUUCUUGGGUGGAGCAAGUCAAUGCGGCGGGGAACGAAUGUGUGCUGACGUUGGACGAGCUCUGGCAGGGCUGUCUUCUUCUGGCUCGAUCCCCUCAAAUUUUCACCAGUGCCAUCUCCAAAUGUGAACUUGAUGCCGAUGAUGGAAACAAUAUCACUCGCACCUUGUACUUUUCGGAGGGACCGCAAACCGAGUUGAAACAAAGCGUCAGCUUGAGUCCUGGAACAAAGUUUGAAUGUGAGUCGGAAACUGGAAAUCGAGUGACUACGAUGGUUUUCCGUGGGCUUUCUGGAUCCAUUGACGAUGCCUAUCUGUCGAUUGAAUACGCCAUCCCAAUUGCAAACAUGGGUCCAGAUCUAGAGAGCGCGAAACAGUCCUAUGCUGCAAAGGCAAAGCAAAACCUCGUCGAGGGAGUGAAAACAAUGAGGGAGCUCAAGGCGCAGGGCAAGCUGGGUUGA